AUGUUGACAGUGGUCGUCAGGAAAGCUAAUCAGAUACCGUGGCUGGACAAGUUAGGACUUGCAGCUCGGCUUAAUCACGAUGUUGUCAUACGACAGACAUUUGUGGCUGGAAAUUAUGCUUUACUAGAUACUAAUCUGGAGCCAAACCCAGACUACUGGCUUUCUUUGUUGUACAAGCGGCUUGUGGGAGUAAAAGUCUUGGAUGUGAAAGGUGAAACAGAAGAGAACCGGACAACUCGAGUUUACGCCCAUUGUUCAAGCAGACAUUACCCAAUGGGUUCUAUCACGCUUCUUGUUCUUAAUACUCACCCACGUGAUCCAGUUGUCCUAAAACUCAGUGACGACCUCAAAGGAAAAGAUGUUGAUGAAUACCUUUUAACUCCGGAGAACGGUGACCUCACGUCAAAGACAGUCAGACUGAAUGGAAAAGUCCUCAAACUAGUGGAUGACCGCACCCUCCCAGACCUCGUGCCGAAGAGUGUGCCGGGAUACGAUCCUCUUAUUCUGCCACCUCUGACAUUUGGGUUUUAUGUCAUCCCAGAAGCCUCUGCGAGUGCUUGUGGUUAGUCAUAAAAUCAUCUCUUUACUUAAAGAUGUAUUUUCGAAACAUAACUAAUGAAGUCUUUUUGUGGAGUGAAAUGCAAAUGUCCCAAUUUAAAAAAUAAUAGCGUAAAAGCAUUGACCUUUUUUGUACGUUUUGGUAAAAAAAAAGAAAUAAAGAAACAAAAUGUCCAAUU